ACAGCCUCAGUCUCACAGCUACACUAUUAGCUUCACCGUUAGCCACAGCAGUGGAAGUGGAGCUUCCACUGCUGUGUGAAACUUGGCAGCACAGACGUACACUGACCUCUACAGGAAGGUUACGUGUCAGUGAGCUGUGAACAUUUAACUAACUGAAUAGAACUGAAGAAGCCUCUUGGAUGAGAAGUGAAACGUCUUCAACUUUACUCAACAAGUCCUCUCUCCACUCACUAUGUUACUGCUACAAACUUGGUACAGUAUGAUGAUGAAGAUGUCACUUCCUUUUGACGGCAGGUCAACAGCGGCUUUGACAGAGGCCAUGAGUUAACGCGUAUCUCUUGACAAGCAGUGCCAACAAUGUCUGUGAAGCUGCUUCUGCGGUGCACCUUCAGGUCGGAGAAGAAGCGCGCGGUCAUGUGUUUAGUCCAGCAGAGACUUCUGUCAGGGGCGGACACCGUCAACGCACUCAGACCGUUUUAUUUCGCCGUUCACCCAGACUUCUUCGGCCAACAUCCAAGAGAGCGGGAAGUGAAUGAGAAUUCUUUAAAGAGACUAAAUGGCUAUCUGGAAAACCUGCAAAAGCCUGGCUUGCGCUCACUUAAGCCAAUGGACCUCACCUUUUAUGUCAGGGACACAAAGGAGAGCAGUGACAUGCAGGCAGACCUCACCUCAGGGUUCCGGUCUGUGAAGUUCACCCUGCGCACAAACGAUGUCUUGAGCACGGUGAUGAACGUGUUAAAGUCGUGCAGCCUGUCUGUGGAGCACAUGAAGGGUCUGAAGGCGAGUGCAGAGGCAUCUAAAAGUCCACCUGAGGCAGGUGUGCCCUUUUACAGACCUAUCAAAUGGGAUAAGACCUACUACACCUUCACUGGCUUCAGAGACCCCGAGCAGGAGCUGCAGCAGGCCAGGAGAGUGGAGCCGACGCUCAGCUUGUGGCUGAGAAAUAAUGAGCCUGAGGCGACGAAGAAGCACAACGCUAGUCUUCCUCUGAGAGAAGAGCUGAAUCGACUGAAGAAGGAACUUUGUCACAAGUUUGAUCUGGCUGAUAUCAGAUGGCAGCGCAGCUGGGGAGUAGCCCACAGGUGCUGUCAGCUCCAGAGCCUGAGCCGCCUUUCUCAGCAGAAUCCUGACGCCCUCAUCACUCUUCAAGGACACACUGUGGUGUUUUCUGACCAGUCGGGGAUGAACGCCUCUGGACACGUGAUGCUGGGGACCAUGGACGUUCAUCAUCAGUGGACCAAACUCCUCCAGCAGCUGCCCAGCUAUCGCAGCCUGCAGCAGCAGACAGACUGGCUGAAGGAGAGGAUCAGUUUCCUGCUGGGCGGCGUUCAGGUGGUCCACCUGGAGAGGCUGGGUCCAGUUCAGCCCAUCACAGAACACUACAGCACCCUCAGCACCUUCCAUAAGACCCUGAUGUCCCAAAAUCUCCGCCUGCACCCCAGGAGCCUGCAGGGUCUCACCAUGUCGCUGGAGAAUGACCGCUCUAAGCCCGCUCUUCAUGAAAUGGGACACUUUAUCAUCCCGACAAACUGUGACUCUCCCAAGCUGCAGGUCUUCCUCCAGAGCCAUGCCCCCCAGGCCAGACAGUGCACACAACGCAGAAUCCAGCUGCAGGUGGAGGAGGAGGCAGUGGUGAAGCAGUGUGUCCACAGUCUGUCUCUGAGGAGUCUGACUAAGGAGCCCAGCGUCAGCUCCAGUCAGAUGAUCAUGUGCUGUAAAAGACUGUUGGACCAGCGCUCCCCCCUCAUGCAGGGCCUCCAUAUCUGUGUCUCUCACUUCUACUCUGUCAUGCAGGACGGGGACGUGUGUGUCCCCUGGGACUCGAAGAGCUGAGCCCCGUGAGAGCAGGACAUAACUCAGUCCAGAGGUGGACUCUUAGAUGUGAGGUCACAAUUUUUCAAACUCAGAGGAAGUGCUGCAUUAAAGCUGACCAGUGUGGACUCUUCCAUUAAGUAGCACUUUAUCUUACUAAUAAGAAGUGAACGGUCAGUUGAGGACAGCAGUUGGGUUAGCUCCUCCUAGAGGUCACAAAAUAAUUCAAGUGUAAGAAGAGGAAGACAUUGAUUCCUUCCGUUGAACUGUGUAUCAGUGUUUUUGUGCCUUGUAAUGGACUCAAAUCUUUGUUCCGGUUUGAAAAACCAUUAAUGUUAUGUGAAGUGCACUGAGAGAGAAAUAAAUUACGGUUCUGUUAAAUAUACAAUCUGUAAAUGACACAUUUGAGCGACAGGGCUGGAAGUUUCCCCUCCGACUGUUGAUUGACCUGAACAGCCCUUCUUUUGAAGCUUUUUGUUAACAUCAGAAAUUAGCGCCUCAUAUAUUUGCUCUUUUUAAAACAUGUGAUAUAAUCUGUCCUGCAAAACAAACGGUCUCUUGAAGGACAGGUUAGUUUUGACCUGCAUUAUAAACAUGUAAAACAUCAGCUGUUGCUUCCACAGCUCACCUGGCAAAGGAGACAGGAGACUUAAUACAGUAAAUAAAAUUUAUUUUCAUUGUUUAGACAACACAGACUCCCUGUUCUAAUGGAAAUAAAAAGUCAGCCGGUCUCAGUCCUUGGAAACCACUGCAGUGUAAGUUCCUCUCUCAUCAGCAAGCAAACUCCUACAUUUUCAUCAGCUCACGAUGCCGAGGGGAAGCAGCUUUAUAAAUAUCAGGUGUGUGUGUAGUGGGGGGCGGGUUCAGAAGAGGAUCAUUUGCGCUGAACUUGUGUGAAGGAUGAGGACAGUUGGAAAGGCUGGACAGGUUUCUUGCGAGAGUCUGGCGACACCCUCUGGACGGCUGUGGGCAGCAGCUGGUUGCGUUUAAUGAUCUGCAGAGCCAGCUCGGUGUUUCCUGAGGACACACGACACAGAUCACAGGCUCAUCGAGAGCAACAACUUUCAAAGCAAAUAGGCGGCGGCGUAAACAAAUAAGGGAGACAUUUACCUAAAUAUCAACUGAACUUCUUUCUUGCACAAAAUUCAAGCACAUUCAAUGACCCAUGUCUAUUUAAGGCAAUUAAAAAAAACGUUUUUUUCAAGGAGUUGAAGGACCCCAUGGAAACCCUGCAUGUCAUUUUAACUCACAAAAACCUUUGAUCAAGUGAGAUGUUUACUUCCUAGCUUCAGAAUGAUGUAACAUGAGCUUUGAUUGGAUGUCACUUCAACAAAAUUUGACUCCCUAUUCUCAAAAGCUUGAAUCAUGUUUCUUUCCCUCAGUAUAGCCCUUAUACUCCAUAGUAGGAGGGAUAGCUGACAUCAGAAAAGACUGAAAGGGCUUGUGCAAACAAGAGUGUGAGAGUGAGUUCUGACCAUUCUGUAGCUCUAAGUAAACUCCCAGCAAGAUGGCUUCAGGUGGAAUCUCCUUGGAGUUCACCAUCGAUGCAGCCUAAAGAAAAUACAAAAAUCACAAGUGGAUGAGCACUAAAUUAUUUAAAAAAAAGAGAGGCUGUCAAAGUCAAACAACAAUUUUGCAAGCUCAAUCAACUAAAAACAAACAAACAAAUCACUUCAGAGGAGAAGAAAAUGCCUUCUGUUAACAUAAAUGCACAUUUGGAUGCAGACAAAACUUUGGAGCUUAAAGCCUGGGUCAAAAAAUCUCUUCUGACUUCCCCCCCAUAAGAAAAUGUGUCACUAACCACUUUGCCACAUUUGAAUAAUUAAAAACAUCACUGUGUUUCUAUGA